AUGCACCCCCAUUCUGCCUGCAGCAGUGAGGAUGAUUCGGAACUUUUUGUGCGUCCCCGGCGAAUAUUAUUGCCACUAAGGAGAGACCUGGACGUUCCCGUCAAGCAUCGUGGACGACGACAGCACUAUGUCGAGUCGUUGGAGUGUUCCACGGUGCCCAGUCCCUGCUGUCUCCCCUGGCAUGACCAUCCGCGAGAUCGUCGGGGGCAGCGUUCGCGGUCUCCAAGAUAUCUCUCUACCGACACUCACCAAUCUUGGACACAAAAAAGUUCGAGCUGGUGUCACUGCCACGAUGGACACACAUGUAUGCAACGAACUAUCGACCCCAUACGACUGGAGCCGCCACCACCGAUGGGCCAACCGCCGUCUCUGAUCAACGCCAUUGCGAACGGUCACCAUACUGACCAACAAUCCACCCAACCGGUGACCGCUUACCCCACAGCCAGCAACCCUAUGACCACUAACCCACUCGGCACCAGCACCCACCCUCCUUCUAGUACUCAUCCUGUGACGAGCAACCAUGUGAGCGGUCACCCUCGAACCACUCACCCUCUAGCCAUUCUGCCCGUGACCACUCAGCCUCUAGCCACUCAGCCUCUAACUAUUCAGCCUCUAACUAUUCAGCCUCUAACUACUCAGCCUCUGACCACUCAGCCUCUGACCACUCAGCCUCUGACCACUCAGCCUCUAACUAUUCAGCCUCUGACCGGAGUGUGUCCGGUCAGCGAUACACAUGAAUCAGUGCCGGCAAACAUAACGACAUCCACUGACCCCAGAACAUCGGCAGCAAGCUCUCUGGAACAGGCCAUGCCUCCGUCUUUCACACCCGGAUCACCAAUUGGGAUUUCUCUUCCGAACACGAUUGUAGGCAUCCCGAUCGGAAAACAGCGACUCGGCACGGAUCCGGACUUCGUGGAGGUGAUUCCCAUACGUCCAGCAGAGGUGGAGCCGUCACGAGUGUUCACGAGGACCGACCCUCCUGUGCUUGACACUCGACCAAGCAUCCCCGCGAAUGGUCCUCUGGACCUGCUAAACCCGAAACCUUCUUUCGGCUCGAACCAGGGACCUGACGACCAGCGUUUGACGGAACAGCGCAGGGCCGACCGGGAAGUAAAUCACCGCCGACACGUCCGACUUCUUCGGACCCGACAAAGUGACACGGACUCGGAAACUACCGCCGCAUUGGGCACACCAUCGUCGCCGGACCAAACGUACCACCGCCGAGGACACACUGGGGGCCGCACACACACUGGGGGUCGCACACACACUGGGGGCCGCACACGCAGUGGGGGCCGCACACGCAGUGGGGGCCGCACACGCAGUGGAGGUCGGUCACACAGGGAGGGUCACUCACACAGUGCGGGCCGCAAGCACAGUGCACGUGGCACACACAAUCCGGGCCGUACCGUCGAACAUUUGCACAAAGGGGUCAGUCGGCACGCAGAGCGGGCCGCGCACCUGGAGCACAGCAAACAUUCGGAAAGGCAAACGGGGCGGAACGGGAAGACCGAAGCCUCUGUUCGUACGCAGGUUCGAGGGGAGCGGUAUUUCAACCGGAGUCCUGAAGGUCUACGGAGUCCUGAAGGUCUACGGAGUCCUGAAGGUCUACGGAGUUCUAAAGGUCUACGGAGUCCUAAAGGUCUACGGAGUCCUAAAGGUCUACGGAGUAGAACUAGGCCGUGCAUUGCCGGAGAAUCUUGGGGUCGGGGAGUGUGUGCCCGUAGAGGAGGGGAUGAGGAACGGGCGGCGACGGCGUUGGGAUUUUCUCCGCGGCGGCGAGUGAGUUCGCCCGGUCGCGGCCGGAGACGACGGCGACCGGACCGGUUACGGAACGGGUCGAGUGGAAGUGCUGAAUCGCUUCCGAAGGGGCGGAUGGCACACACCCAUCGAAUGGGUGCGGAGCCGUCGCUGCUGCAACUAGUAACUUUUAAGUGCAUGAGGGCCCUACUGGCGCCGUUAGGACGCGCGUUCGGGGUGCAGGUCGUCAUGCGGCCGCCGCCAUCCAUCCCUUGUGCGCCCGACCUCGAAAGCGUUUUCGGCGACGGCGGCAAGACCUCAUUGGAGGCCAGUCGAGAACGCUGCCGGCUCCUCACGGGCACGACGGCCCGACCGUCAGCGGACACGAAUCCACAUCUGAUUACCGCCGCGCCACUCAUUCAGGAACCACACAUUGCUAUUCUUCAAUCUGGCCCGGGCAUCAUGGCUCCGGCAACGGGUCUGAGAACGGGUCUGGGAACAGGUCUAGGAACCGGAAGGUCGGAGAUGAAGACCGGAGAUGCCACGCUGCACACAGUUAAGACCCCGAACGGCGCAGCUGCAGAGCUCCGGAACCAGCCUCAUCAAAUCCGCUUACGGAGUCAAAUGAUGCAGCCAUUAACACAGGCGCGACGGGACGCAACGGGUGUUGGUGGCCAGUGGAACCCGCGACUGAGUGCGACGUCUCCGCGGAUUCCGGCUACACAGGUUCCGGCUGGCGGGGAGCAGGUGAUGGCUGGGGAUCGAGUGCCAGCUGAACAGUACACGAGCCCAGACACCUCCUUGGAGGCGCUGAAGAACCGGGUGAUAACGAGGGCUCGGGAACGUCGCGCCUUGAUACGGACCGCACUAGGCAUCCACUCAUCCGCCACGGAGUCUGCGGAAGCGCUGGCUCCUGAUCCUCUCAGCCGGUUUGUGGGCCAGAGGUUUGUGGGCCAGAGGUUUGUGGGCCAGCAGAAGCCCGUAGAUCACUACACACCUUACACGAUGGAGGAAAUUUCCGAGAGCGACACGUACCAGACGGAUCUCAAUCCGACUGUGGGGCACGACCGCGUCCCGCGGGGAUUCACGGGGCGUGCAACCGUCGGGUCGACAUUUGGUGCGGGAGCUGGGAACCUUACACAGCAAGGUAACACAAGGAAGGUUCAGGACACGUGUGUCCCUCCGUCACCCCUCACUAGACAGUCAGAAAAUCCCAGAUGCUCAGGAGACCCGGGGGUAGAGGACAUGGAGACAGAGCACACGGGGGCUGCCUGCACCCAAACAAAGUCUGCCGGGAGGUCCCGGAUCGCUGUGGGCAGAGAUGCCCGAAUAGGAGUUGGGGAAGUGGGAGAUGGGGAAGUGGGUGGUGGGGAGCGGGUGCCUCUUCGUCUGGAUCAGAUGUCCGUGACCAUCAAGAGUGCGUAUUGUGCGCCGCUUGCUAACGAGUUAGUGUCAUUGUGCAUGGCUGCAAUUUGGGUCGUACCGGAUUUUGGUUUGCUCAGGUCAUUGGCCAAAGAAAAUGGUAACUCUCCCUCUCCCCUCUCCCCCUCCCUCUCCCUGAUCUGUGUUGUAGAACUACCAAUGAGGAACAGCAUUGUGUCACCUGUUUUCGGGGCAGAAUUCAGGAUCAAAUCUAGCGCCCUAAUUUUUCGAUUGGGGUUCCGAUUGCGAUGUUUGCCUUGUGUCAACAAACAGCAUGUUGGAAUACGUCUAGAAUGUGACCAAGCUCAGUGCAGGAAAAACUACGCCCAAUAUGAGGCAGUUAAACUCGGGGUUCUUGGCAAGACAUGGACUCAAAUAAGCUUGUGCGAUUCCUUUGGCCAAAUCAGUAAGAACACACACACCUUUGAAUUACACACACCUUUGAAUUACACACACCUUUGA